UUCCAUGGCAGUUAGCUUAGCUCGUGAACCUAUAUAGCAACAGACUGAACAGAGACUACUUCACAAGUUGCUGUAUGUGUGAAAUAAUGCGUUCUCUGGUUCUUUCCUUCUUCGUUUGCUUCUGGCUGUUCGAAGUCACCCAUGUCGGCAGCUCCAUCUCUGUGGCUUCACAGAGCACGGAGGAAGUCACAGUCUUUGUCAAUGGAACAGUUGCAAUCGGAAGCAUCGACGAUGACUUUGUUUGUGCUACAAUGGAUUGGUGGCCGCAGGAGAAGUGCGAUUAUGGUACUUGUAGCUGGGGCAAUGCUUCUCUUCUUAAUCUAGACCUUGGCAAUGAUAUACUUUUAAAUGCAAUUAAGGCAUUUUCACCCUUGAAACUUAGGUUGGGUGGCACCUUGCAAGACAAAGUGAUAUACCAGACAGAAGGCAGUCCAAAACAAACUUCAUUUGUCAAAGAUAAUUCACAAUUGUUUGGCUUUUCUGAUGGUUACUUACCAAUGCCUAGAUGGGAUGAACUGAACAUUCUGUUUAAGAAUGCAGGGGCUGUUAUUAUAUUUGGACUAAAUGCACUGCAAGGCAGGACCAUAGAUUCCCAUGGUGUUGCUGUGGGUAAUUGGAAUUCCAGUAAUGCUGAAUCUUUUAUAAGAUAUACAGUCAACAAAGGAUACACAAUUCAUGGUUGGGAGCUAGGAAAUGAACUAUGUGGGAGUGGAGUUGGAACAAGAGUCACAGCAGACCAAUACGCUUCGGAUAUGAAGUCUCUCCAAAACAAGGUGCACCAAAUUUAUUCUGGUUCUGAAUUAGCUAUGCCACUAGUCUUGGCACCAGGAGGGUUCUUUGAUUCCAAGUGGUUCUCAGAUUUUGUUGCUAAAGCACCUCAGUCUGUUCAAGUACUCACUCAUCACAUAUAUAACCUUGGUCCAGGUAGUGCGACGGAUCUUGUUGACAAGAUUCUGAAUCCAUCUGUUCUUGAUGGUAUUUCCAAAACCUUCAGAGACCUACAAAUGCUACUUAAGCAUUCAAAUAUUCCAGCAGUGGCAUGGGUUGGUGAAUCAGGAGGUGCUUACAACAGUGGUCGCAAUCUCGUUACAAAUGCAUUUGUAUUCAGUUUCUGGUACCUGGACCAGCUUGGGAUGUCAGCAUCUUAUGAUACCAAAACAUAUUGCAGACAGACACUCAUUGGUGGAAACUAUGGCCUCCUUGACAUCAAUAGUUUUAAACCAAAUCCUGAUUAUUACAGCGCUCUUCUUUGGCAUCGACUAAUGGGAAACAAUGUCCUCUCAGCAAGCUUCUCCGGGACAAAGAAACUGCGUACUUAUGCUCAUUGUUCCAAGAAAACACAAGGAAUCACGGUGCUGCUCAUCAACCUAGGUAACACUACAGUUCAAGUAGAUGUUUCAACUGAAACUGGAGGCAGCCGGGAUACUUUGAAUUUGGAAGAAGGCCUCAAGGAUUUUAAAGCAACCAAGAAUGAUGCAAGAGAAGAAUACCACCUAACAGCUAAAAAUGGGGACUUGCACAGCCGAGUAAUGCUUCUAAAUGGGAAAGAACUGACUGUAAAUGCAGCAGGGCAAAUCCCAAGCUUGGAGCCAAUGAUAGUAGGGAUAUCAAAUCCUAUAUCUGUGGCACCUUUCUCUAUUGUAUUUGUUCAUAUUCCCAACAUAAGUACACCUGCUUGUAAAUAGACAGAGUUCUUCUUUGUGACCAAAGACUUGCAAGAUCAACAAGAUACUUGCGAGUCUAAGAAGUCGCCACUCGCAAGAAAAGGAAAGACAUACUCGGAUUUACUAUAAUUCUUAUUUCUAUCAUUAAUCUUUGA